GAGAGAGGAGGAGAGAGAGAGAGAGAGAGAGAGAGAGAAGAGAGAGAACGAACUUCAGCGUGCUUUUCCCCCAGAUAAUCGAUACUAGUAUAGAUUCGUUUCAACAGUGCAAGACUCGACUGCCCUUGCAGUAGUCUCGACUGUAAGAAGACGCAAGAGCUGCAGAGUAUUUGUGGAGAUAACGGCACAGCGUCAGCCCUGCCAAUGAAACAGCCUUUUCGCCCAUUGCGCUCAAGUGGAUCAUUGCUCAAUUCCACAACUUUGAUUUGUCAUUUGUGAACGCGUUAUACUCUCCGAGUAAAAGAGUCAACUUGCGAUGGCUUUUCAAGAGAGACGUUUAAUCGAAGUUAGGAGCCUUCGGCCGGAAUUACAUCAGAAUAUACGUUGAAAAAAAAAGGUCCGCAGAACGGGUUUGAGUGUUUCAAUAUUGCAUUCAGUGAGAAACAAAAAAAAGAAGAAAAAAAAAGUGAGUAAAGACUUUGAGAACAUAUAAAUUUAGUUAAAACAAAGACGUUUUCGUGACUGUUAAUAUUCUUGCGUGCUUAAUGGAAGUUUGGAGCCUUCUGUUUUUUAAGUUUAAGUGUUCGACUGGAUUUACGUAACAGGUUAAUCAGCAUAACUUUUUGCAAGUAUUAAUAAUGAAUUACGACGAAAGCGAGGCUUCUACACGUAGCUACGUUCAGUGAACUAAUCGAAGAACAGUUCAUGUAAUUGUUGAUACCCAUUAUUUCAGUUUACGGAGUGUCCAAUGGGAUUUACGUAAACAAAAACAAAACAAAAAUACUGAAAGUAUUACAUGCAUUAAUUAUACAUUGGCAAGAAAUUAAAGUGUGUGCAUAGUUACAUGCACAGAGAACUCGCUAGUUUAUUAGUCCGUGUGAUUGUUGAGAUCCAGGUUUCAAGAUAUUCUGUGGACCUGUAACAUAUGUUUACUGCUGUAUGAUAAAGAUGUUGCGUGAAAGUAAAUUCAGUUAAAGACAGCACGUCGAUCUGCGGCAGUCUAUGAAAUUUGUACACAUUGAUAUUUCUAGCCACGUUAUAUUACCAAGUGCUUUCAAAGGGACAUCUUUUACUUACAGUUAUAUUUUAUUUAACAGUUCAUAAAAACACUAAAAGAGAAAGAAAGAAAAAACAAAAGAAAAGACAAGGUAAAAAGAGAGAAAGAAAGAAGGAACAAAUAAAAUAACAGAACAGAAACUAAACAAAAGAAAACCAAAUGAACAGAAUGCAUUGGAUUUUUAUUCUUUUUAUAAAAAACAUAAUGUAAGAAGGAAGUGGAUUUUACGAGCAGUUAAAGACACUUAACCACAGUCCAUCGGACAGUAUAAUAGUCACCGUUAUACCCGCCCCACUAAUGUUUCCAGUCGCGUUUAACUCCAAGCCCAGCGAAGUGAGAGUUGUUCCUUCACACAUCCUGUACACGAGCUGUGCCGAGAGCGAAACGAUCGCCUUACUGCACAGCGAAACGGUUAUGCAGAGUUUCUGCAAGAAAGUCAUGGACAAGGGAGAGUACCCGAGACUGCAGGUGGCCGAGAAGGACGGGCAUUUCUUCACACUGAACAAUACGAGGCUGGACCUCUUCCGACGUCUGCAGGACGAAGGGUACUGCAGGAAAGUGACCGCAGAGAAAAUACCGCUAGAUCAGAUACCGCAAGGAAUACAGCAAAUGAUGAUUGUGCCUUUAAGUAAUAUAAAAUGUAAGAAAAGUCAUGGUUACCAGCCUCUACAUCAAAGAGAUAUGCAUCAAAGAGAAACCAAACCUGAGGAAAACACAGAAAGUGAAAUUGAUUCAGACGAGUCUGACACCGGAAGUGACGUUUCUGAUGACGUCGAUUCGGAGAGUGCCAGCGCAGAAAGUGAACCCGAAGAGUGUACAUCAGUGGCCUCGUCCGCGGAAGAGAAAGAAAGUUUUUUGUGACCAGAAAGUACAAAACUGCAGACUAAAUGAUCUCAUCAGUAUGAACGUUUGCAUAAUCUCAUUUACUGAUACACUUGUAUAAUAUGUAUACAACUCCCUGCUGAGACCAACCCUAAAGUACUACCCUGAGUUUGUAGCCAUUAAAGGGACAGCCCAUGAAAAUGCACACGAAGUUUAAUUAAUCUGCAAACCUGUAAAAUAUUUGGAUAAAGCUACAAUUGAGUAAAACAUGAGUCUGUGACUUUGAA